AGCUUAACUCUGCGAACCUGAUAUUGCUGGUUCCUGCACGGGAAAGAAUAGAAGCGAGAAAUGGAGCCCCAGAAGAAGCUGAUAAACUCGGUGGAGGGCUGCGUGGACGAGGCCCUGUGCGGCCUGGUCCGGGCCAGCGGGGGCCUGUCGCUGCUGGAGGGCCACAGGGUCGUGCUCCGGUCCGACCUGGAGGCUCUGAGGGGCAAAGUGGCCCUGCUGUCGGGGGGAGGGUCGGGGCAUGAGCCGGCACACGGGGGUUAUGUUGGUGCAGGAAUGUUGUCGGCAGCAGUCGCAGGUGGAGUGUUUGCAUCACCACCACCGGCCAGCAUCCUGGCAGCCAUCAUGUCUUUGCAUAAUGCAGGAGCCUCCGGGGUCCUUCUCAUCGUGAAGAACUACACCGGCGACCGCCUCAACUUCGGGUUGGCUGCAGAGCAGGCCCGCUACCUCGGCGUGGCCGUCGACAUGGUGGUCGUGGCUGAGGACUGCGCCUUUGACCGGCCCGGUAAGGCCGGGAGGAGAGGCCUGUGUGGAACCGUCUUUAUACACAAGCUGGCAGGUGCGUUGGCAGAGGAAGGCUCCUCAUUGGACCACAUCGUCGCCAGGUUGACAGAGGUUUUAAAGGGGGUCGGUUCGCUCGGUGUGAGUCUGUCUCCGUGCAGCGUCCCCGGCUCCCUGCCCUCAUUCGACCUGUCCCCAGGAGACAUGGAGCUGGGUCUGGGUAUCCACGGGGAACCUGGGAUCAAAAGGUCAAAGGUGACUUCAGCCGACGAGGUGGUGAAAACCAUGAUCGAUCACAUGACCAACCCUGACAGCCAAUCGUGUCUGCCGCUGAAAUCAGGAGACAAUGUGGUUGUGUGUGUGAACAACCUCGGAGCUCUGUCUUGUCUGGAGAUGGCCAUUGUUACUCGAGCUGCCAUCACCUGUCUGGAGAGUCGCGGCGUGGCGGUUGCCAGGGUGAUGUCCGGCUCCUUCAUGACAUCACUGGAGAUGGUGGGCGUGUCCCUGACCCUGAUGCGAACCGACGAGGACACACUGAGACUGUUUGACGCUAAGACUAGCGCCCCCGCCUGGCCAAACCUCAGCAGUGUGCAUGUGAGCGGACGCAGCUACGUCGUGGCUCCUCCCACCAUGGACACACAACCGCAGGACGAUACACACACUGAAGGUUCACUGAGUCCUGUGAUGCUCAAAGCGUUGGAGUCAGUUUGUUCCACACUGUUGGAGAAACAGGAGGAACUCAACUCCCUGGACCGAGCUGCCGGGGACGGAGAUUGCGGUAACACUCAUGCGCAGGCGGCCAGAGCCAUUCAGGAGUGGCUCCGGGGUCAUGUGGUCCCUGGUUGCCCCGGAAAACUCCUCUCAGUCCUCGCUGGAUUGGUUCAGGAGAAGAUGGGCGGGUCCUCAGGGGCGCUCUACAGCCUGUUCCUGACAGCAGCGGCUGGUCAUGUGGCCGAGGGGCGGAGCAACGCUGCAGCCUGGGCGAGUGCAGUGCAUGCUGGGACGCAGGCGAUGAGGAGAUAUGGGGGUGCUGAUCCUGGAGACAGAACUAUGCUGGAUGCUUUGUUUCCUGCUGUGGACGAGCUGAUGAAGCUGACCACAGCUCCACCUGGUGGACAGAUGGUCAUCCUGCAGGCUGCAGUGCAGAAAGCGGCCUCGGGGGCGGAGGCCACCCGUGACCUCACGGCGAGGGCGGGGCGGGCCAGCUACAUCGCGGCCGAGCGGGUCACCCUGCCCGACCCGGGUGCCGUGGCCGUAGCCGCCAUCUUGGGAGCUGUGUUGGAGUCGCUGGAGGGGCGGAAGUAAAACCGACACAUCACUACAAACAGAACAACACUAUCACGCCUCAGUCACAUCUUACACACACACACACACACACACAUUAAUACAUUCUGUCUGCCGUACGUGGCCGAUCACAGAGUCUAGGGGGUCAGAGGUCAUCGGCGCCGCUCAGUGUGAUGGUGACUGGUUUGAAAGAAGCCACAGUGGUUUCCCCCUGAUCCUCGCUGGGUGCAGCCGCCUCAUUCCCCGGCGCUGACACGCUGCCGUGGUCAUGAGGUGCAACCGGUUUCACUGAGGUGCAUUUUGAUCUCUGUCACUUUGGAGCCAGGUGACGCGUGAACUCACAAACAGCUGGUGAAACCGGUUCCAGGGUUGAAGCUCCACCGACUUGUUGAAUGAUGUGUUUUGAUUAAAAGAUGAAUUUGUGAAUGGAUUGAAAAACACUUUCUUAAUUAAUUCUGACUAAUAAAUGAAUUGUUUUUACACAAA